AUGAAACGACUAGAUGAUGUUGACUCUGAUAAUUUAUUUUGGGAUGAAGAUUUCUGGGAUGAAGUCGACGAAAUUCUUGGGGAUGAUGGAUUCUCUGAUGAAGGAGAUACGGAGGAAGAGCUGGAUAACGAAGAGGAUGAAGAAGUUGGAGACGACUAUGAAGCCUAUUGUGAAAAAAAGUACUCUGGCUGGCGCAGCAAGAAGGAGAGCUACUAG